CCCACAGAAACCAAAUGUCAUGAAAGAGAAAGCGCUACAUGCUGAGGAUGGCUGCCGCCCUUGUCCUCCGGUGGGGAAGAAGGUCAUCCAGUGCUUCAGAUGUGGGGAGCCAUGCAAAGGAGAGGUGCUGCGAGUCCACAGCAGCCACUUCCACAUUAAGUGUUUUACCUGCAAAGUGUGUGGCUGUGACUUGGCUCAGAGUGGCUUCUUCACAAAGAACGGCGACUACCUCUGCCCGCUGGACUUCCACAGACUUCACGGCACAAUCUGCAACAGCUGUGGGGAGUUUGUGAAGGAAGAGGUGGUCACAGUCUUGGGGAAGACCUACCACUCAGCCUGUUUUGUGUGCACCAUUUGCAAACAGCCUUUUUCUACGGGGAAUUGCGUUACCUUCAGCGGUAAAGACCGUCUCUGUCAGCGGUGUUUUCAACCUGUGUCUCCUACUGCUAACAACUUCAGCUAUACUAGUAACUGCGCUGGCUGUGGUAGAGACAUAAAGAAUGGCCAGGCUCUAUUAGCCCUGGGUGGCCAGUGGCACCUUGGCUGUUUCAAGUGCAGAGCCUGCAGGAAAGUACUGAGUGGAGAAUACAUCAGCAAGGAUGGUGUUCCUUAUUGUGAGAGGGACUACCAGAUUCAGUUUGGGGUACGAUGUGAAGCAUGUCAGAAGUAUAUAACAGGAAAGAUCCUUGAGGCAGGGGACAAACAUUAUCAUCCCAGCUGUGCCAGAUGCAGCCGGUGUGACAGAGUGUUCACAGAAGGAGAAGAACUGUAUCUCCAAGGAUUGACAGUUUGGCACCCAGACUGCAGGUACAGGGUCAGCAAACCACAAACUCCUUGUCUUGAUUUCUUUUUCCCCCCACAUGAACUGAAGUGCCCUAGAUCCUCAUCCGAAAGCUCCUGUUCCAGGUCAGACUCGUGCACUCCAGGAAGCCCUGGUCGAACUAUCUGUGCAAAAGUAGAUAAUGAGAUCCUUGACUACCGAGACUUAGCAGCAAUUCCCAGAGUCAAGGCUAUAUAUGAUAUAGAGCAUCCUGAUAUGAUAUCCUAUAAGUCUGGGAAUGACAGCUCCUCUACUUUGGGCAGCAAAGGCAACAAACAGGACAGCCCUACAGAGUCACAAGGAAACAUAUCUGAAGCCACAGAGGAGAGUUUUGAAAUGAGAACGCGCACACCACAUGCUACUAGCCAGGGAUCUUUUGGAGUUCAUGCAGUGUACAGUUGUCACAGCUACACACCAACUCUGUCCAGAUCCCCACAGCACUUUCACCGACCAGCAGGAACGAAGCUUUGUCACUCUUUAUUAUCUGACCACAAUGACAGUUGCCCUACUUCCCUUUUAUGUCACCGCUUUCUCCCUCACACCAAAGAUGAAAGCUUCAACAUGUAUAGACGACUUCCAAUUUAUAAACAGCAAGAUACACACUCCUCCUCAACCCAAACAUCCUCUUUGCCCAGAUAUGGUCACAAUGGCCUCAAUCCAACACAAUCAGCUGAUUUCUCCCACUACAACAGUGACAGAUUUAGAGAUUUUAAGCUCACCCAUGAUGGUCUACAUCCAUUAGCUCAAAUGGACAGAGGAGUGUCUGUGCCUAACGUGUUGGAACCAAAAGUCUACCCAUAUGAAAUGCUCAUAGUUACUGAUAGAGGACGAGUAAAGCUUCCCAAGGAUGUUGACAGAACAAGACUUGAGCGCCACCUUUCUCCAGAUUCAUUCCUUGAGAUUUUUGGCAUGCAGAUUCAAGAAUUUGACAGACUUCCACUUUGGAAACGUAACGACAUGAAGAAGAAGGCCAGUCUCUUCUAAAUGCUGCCUAAUGCAUGUUUUAACUCACUGUUUAAAGUGUUUUGCCCAAGAAGAGGAUGAAGCACAACUUUACAGAGACACAGUAUUGUGUCCCUGUAAAGUUGUGCUUCACAGAGACGCAAUACGGUGUUUCUGUAGGCUAUUGUUAUGAAUAACGGUUAAAAUUAGAUUACCCCAAAGUAGAUAUGAACAUGAAAACUCAACUUAGCUUUAGUCUUGACAUUGGUAAUAGUAAUUAUUUGUCUGUCCUACAUCACCCCUGUCUACCCAGGAAUUAACUAACAUUCAGCUGAUUCAGCUGUUCGGAUAGUGUCAUGUUGACUUUGUGAGAGCUACCAAUGAAGGUAUUCUUUCCUAUUUAGUUGCCUAACUUGAAAACUGGUAGCAUGCUUUGAAAACCUUUUUUUUUUGAAAAGUGGUAUGUUUUCACUUUAGGAUGAGAGUGCCAGAUCACUAAAGUGCUCACGCUGUGUAUUAUUUAGGACUAAUUGUGCAAAACCUUGGAUUAUGUUCGAUGACAGAGAGCUUAACUGUUUUAAGUGAUGUAUCUGCAAAUGGCAGCUAGAAGGUGGUGGUCGGGGGUUAGUCCUAAAAACACAACACAAACAAACUGAAACAACAUUUUCACUAAUAUAUUUUUGCUUGCCUGAAUGAAUGACUUUUCCAAUGCAGUUUGAAAACAUCGUUCAUAUCUAAAAUGGUUGUGAAGUUUGUUAAAACCUCUGUAUAUUCUUGAUAAUACUUUCCAUGUAUACCUUAUGUAUUGUAUAGUGACUGGGUAUAUGACAUAGACAUAGCUUACCAUCACACAUACUGUAACUCUGAUGCAAGAUACUGUAUAUCCCUCAAGGACUGAAUGCAUUUCACCCAUGUUUUAGUGAAACUACUAUAUUUUUUCCCUUAGUUGAUACUCAUUUUGUUGUCUCUUGAUGACACAAACAACAUGUUCAAGCACAAAACCUAUGAAAAUAUGUGAGAACUGUAUUUCUAAUUAAGUAUCACUGGACUGUGUUACUGAAUGGUUACAGGAAUAAUUAAGAUGAUUAAAUAAUCUUUUUUUGUUUAUGUUUCACCCAGCUGUGGUAAACUGUAGAAUUACUUUGACUAUUUAAGCACCAACUCAAAAGCCCUAAAUGAAAUACUGUGCUUUUUACAGGAUGAGUAAAUACAGUAAGUGUGUUUUCAUUUGCAGGAGGUUGUGUAUGAAUACUGAAGUGUAUUCCGUAUAACUGGGUUUUUGAAAAUGUAGUUUUUUGCUUUUAUGUGGACUUCAGAGAACCUGCCCAUGGUGACAGAUGUUCUUAAAGGUAUCUGUACUCUGCGUAGAUGCCUUCAUGAUUACUACUCUCUCUGUAAAAUAUGCAUUUCUAAAGCACACAAAUUUCAGUCACAGUCAGUAACCAAAUCACUGUUAAACAUGCUAUCUUGACUUAUGAUGUAGCUGAAAUUCUAAUUACUACCCGACUUUCCUGUACUUCUGUCAAAAUCAAGAGACAGAUGGAACAUCUUCAGAGAAACUAUGGUAGAACACAAGCAAAGGACAACCAAAGCAAACCAGUGUUUUCACACUCGCCUAGAAAAGGUUUAAAGCCCUUCCAUGCUUUUGAAUAACAUCUUGCUAAAUGUUCCGUUACUAUAUUUUAAUCGUGUAAUAUAAUAAGCGACCAAUUGUUACGAAAUAAAUGUAAUAAGACAACAAGUGGUGAACCAAUACAUUGGAAAGCAUGACAACAUUUUCAUAACAUCACAGUAUUGUGCAACACUUCAUUUUUUCCACACAUAAACUCAGCUGCAUGUCCGAAGAAUUGCAGAAUUUAGUGACAUAAGCUCCACCUGCUAUCUACUGUAUCUCAUGCAUUCCCAUUUGAUUUCGCUCUGACAUACAGUAUAUGUAUGUUUAUCUAUAUUUUUAUUUAUUUAUUGUCUUAGACCUAUCCACUGAAAUUUAACACCAACAAAUGGUGCUCUGGAGCCUGGAAUCAAAACACUACUUUGGCAUUACUUUCCAGAAUUAACAGCUGUCAGAUGUUGUUUCAACUUGUAUUUGAGCAGUAUAUUUAGGACAUCUUUCUUUUUCCCUUUAUCUACCUAGAUGUGAUGCAUUAGCAAUGAUAUUGCAAAAACAGUCCUGAACAGAGUCCCUUCCUUUGUCUUGUUAUAUCAACCAGGGUAACAUGAUAGAACAAUGUAAGCAAAUAAAGCCCACAUUCAUGCUUUGUUAUCUACUCCUUUGUUUGGGCCACUGUUAUCUCCCACUGUUUGUCACUGUCAUGAGGGAAUGUUUUUGUUGUACUUUUGUGUAUUUAGACUUUUGCAUACACA